GUCACUGUUUGUCACGACAUACACGUGGUUCUCUUGUUGCUCAUUUACAACAAUUAUAUGUAUUUUAUUAUAACUAAUUUUUAAUAUACAUAAUGAUUCGUUCAAAAGGAAAAAAACGAAGACCAAAAUAUGAUCCUGAAGAAGAAAAAAGGUUAGCUAAUUUAGUUUUUGCAACUGGAGGUGAUAUUGUUGAUACUUUAUUAAAAAAUGAUUCUGAAAAUGAAAAAGAAUCAAGUGAAAGCGAAGAAGAAGCAGAUGAAGAAGUAGCUUCUGAUGAUAGUGAUGCAGUUGAAAGUAAUGACAAAGAAGUUGAUGAUAAAGAUAGUGAUGCCAUUGAAAGUAAUGAUGAAGAUAGUGACAAGGUUGAUGAUGAAGAAAAUAAAAAUACUGAAGAUGAAGAUAAACCAAGUAUUGAUGAUGAUAAUAGUGAUUUAGAAGAAGAAAAAAAUAAUAAAAAAAGAAAAGCAGCAUGGAUAGAUGAAGAUGAUCAACGUCAAACAGUUAAUGAUGCUUUAAAAAUUCAAGGAAGAACUUUACCCGAUAAUCAACCACAAAAAACAUACGGAGAAUUUGUUAAAGAUAAAUUUCAAAAAAUUCAUGGUACUCCAAAAUGGGCAAAAAUUGAAGAUGUUGAUGAAGAAAAUGAGGAUCAUAAAAUUUUAAAACAAAGUAAUCAUUUAGCUGUUACAAAAUCAACAAGACUAAAAGCUGGUGUAAUUGAUUUAAAAGUAAUGAGAGAUAUAAAUCAUGAAACUGGAAAUGAAGGACCAGUAGUAACAAGUCUUCAAUUUCAUCCAACUUCAACAGUAGCAUUUGUUGCUGGAAUAUCUAAAAAAUUAUCUGUAUUUAAAGUGGAUGGAAGAGAAAAUACUGUUCUUGCUAAAAUUAAUUUUGAAAGAUUUCCAAUAGCAUCAGCAAGAUUUUUAAAAGAAGGCAAUGAAAUUAUUGUUGGUUCACGACAUCAUGAUUAUAGUCAAACAUAUGAUUUAAUAAGUGGAUCAAUUUAUCAAACUCCAUUGCCACAUAAAGUGACAAAUAUGUCAAGAUUUGAAGUAUCACCAAAUGGUAAACUCAUAGCAAUUGCUGGUAAACUUGGUGAAAUACAUCUUUUAAAUGGAACAACAAGAGAAUUAAUUUGCCAAUUAAAAAUGAAUAAAACUUGUCUUGCACUUGCAUUUACACAAGACAGUAAUACUUUAUUAUCACAUGGAGAUGGUAAUGAAAUUUAUGCAUGGGACAUGAAACAAAGAGUAUGUAUUAAUAAAUCAAUUGAUGAUGGUUGUCUUAAAAGUAAAGCAAUUGCAGUAUCACCAAAUGGACAAUUUUUUGCUACUGGAAGUAGUCAAGGUAUUGUUAAUAUUUAUGAUAUGAAAUCAAUCAUGGAAACAACAAUUCCACAGCCAUUAAAAAUUGUUAAAAAUCUUGUAACACCAAUAAGUUGUGUUAAAUUUAAUCCAACAUCUGAAAUAUUAGCAAUUGCUUCAAAGGAAAUCAAAAAUGGAUUUAAAAUGGUUCAUAUACCAUCAUUUAAAGUGUUUGCUAAUUUUCCAACACAUAACACAGUUAUGAAUAAACCAUUGGCUAUUGAUUUUUCACCAGGAAGUGGAUUCCUUGGUGUUACAAAUGAGAAACAUAAAGCUUAUCUGUAUAGACUUAAUCAUUAUAAAAAUUAUUAAAUAAAUCUUGUUUCUUUUGACUUGUCUCUAUCGUUAAAUAUGUCUUCUU